GGCGCCGCGUUCGGAAACGCUCGGGUGUUUCCGUGACCCCUCACGGGCCGGCACGGCCGUUGGCGGGCGCACGGGGCCGGUUUGCCGAGGGCAGCGCGGCCUCGGUGGCAGAGCCGCUCCCUCGGUGGGGAGGAGGAAUCGCGAUCCUGCCAGGCAGAAGGCCGUUGCUGAAAGGGGACUUCAGGGAGUGAGUGCAGGAUGACUCAGCAGGGAGCUGUUCUUCAGGGUUACAAUAAUGAACUAGUGAAAUGCAUUGAAGAUUUAUGUAUGCAAAAAGAAGAACUGAACAAACAAAUCCAGCAAGCAGAAGAGGAAAAGAGUAAACUCCAGCAUGAAAUCCAAGUCCUCAGUGAACAGCUGGAGUGUGUAUGUGAAAACCUGGCCCAUAAGGUGGCUUCACGGAAUGAGCUUGAUAAAAUACUUGCUGAAACUGAAGCUGCUUACAUGAAGAUUUUGGAUAGCUCUAGAACUUUACUUAAUGUCCUGAAGAAGGAAGUGGGAAGCUUAAAGCAUUCACCAGAUCUGAAAACGAAUAUAACGUGAAACAAUCAAAUGUUUGGACUCUGCAGUGCUAAAAUUCCACUAGAUGGUGCCAAGCCCAGCGUCUGAUUUCAGUCCUGAUCUGGAAUAACUCCAGGGGUGUGCACGAAGCCAUCUCCUCCUUCCCUCCUCACGGGGUGGUGGCAGGGAGGAGACUCAGGACUAUUGUUCUGCCUCUCUGUCCCUCCUGCAGCAGCAGCCGACAUUGUCCUUUUUAUUUACUUCCCCUCUCUGUAAACCAGCAGGGCUCGCAGCAGAGGGAUGCAGCUCUCAUUAGAGUAAUUAGGCUAAUUUAUGAGAGAGUGGCACAGUGGAGCAGAGCUUUCCUAAUACAGUGCUCCCCACGGGAGGCUGGGCACCCACCCAGCUGCUGGCAGGGCAGUGCUCGGCCUGGAGGGCUGCAUCUCUUCCAGCUUUAACAUCAGUGAAAAGGGACAAACACAUGCAAUCAACACUUCUUUCCUUCAUGUGAUGUUCUUCACAAGUUGUGUGUUCCAAGUUAAUACUAGAAGUUUAAUUAAUAGAGGAGAGGGAUCCUUCCUUGGUGUUAACUAAGUGUAAGUUUUGGCUUACAAAGGACUCCUCGAGCAAGUUUGCUGUGUCACUGGAACAGCAAGAGCUGGUAGGGCUUUGUUGCUCUCCUGCUCUGUGGAGGUUUUGCAUUACUUUUGUGAAAGGCUUAUGUAUGGUGAGUUAGGAAAUUUCCUUCUUCCAGGGAAAAUGGUGUGAAUAUCCUUUGUUCAUCACAUUUCCUUGGUAUCUUUGUGGCAAGGUAGUGUGUCCCUGGGAAGUCCUGCUACACUUUGGAAGUCCCAUUUGAAAUGUUCAUGGGCCUAUUUAAAAACACAUCUAAGCCUUUAAAAAUAUGCAAGCAAAGAAAAAAAUAAAAUAUCAUUAGCACUUCUGCCUGUAGUGUUUCUGCCAGGCACCAGGAUCAAACUUGAAAAACUUGCCAGCUACCUGCUAUUCCCAGCGCAGUAUUUGUGGUCACCUUUAUUAAAAGAAAUGUACCCAUCACUUGUCUUCACUAACAGGGUGGUAUUUAGAGUGCCUGAAGGGCAAUUAAAUAGUUUUGUAAUCAUCCCCCAAGUCUAUAAGAGUGUAUUUUAUCCAGGAGCAUUUUGAUGGUGCUAAAGGUACAUUCAAUAGCCUCUCACACUGCAAACUCUGAAAAUCCUCAGUGAACCCAAGGAGCUGCUGGUAGAACCAAGCCGGAGAAGUGAAAGCAGUGAAAGAAUGAAGUGUGUGUUAUAAACUGACAUGAAAAAUUGUACUGCAAUUGUAAUUGCCUCAAAAUGCCUCAUACCACCCACAGGAAAAAGCACGUAAGCAUCCAACAUUUUCUGUCACCUUCACAUCUCAAAUGCUGUCAAUACACUUGCAACUGGAACAUUUGCCUGUGUCUUUUGCAUACACAGAAAAGCAGUGCGUGCCCCAGUUUCAUUCAUCCCAUUGCCUCAUGCAAAGCCUCCGUGUAUUUUUGGCUGCCACAAAGUUGAUCCAUGAGGAAAUAUACCCCCGCUUCAUAUAUUUGCAUUCCCAAAACUGAGCAAGAACAUUCCUCUUCACUUUGUAAAACAGAGGUGGGGUUUGUAAAAGAGAGAGGUGGGGAGGGCAGCCCCCAAGACCUUUACAGCUGGAAGAAGAAUUUUGGUCAGCAUUGAUACCUCAUUAGUCUGUGUUCACCAAAAAACAGCAUCUAAAAAUGUAUCCAAACCACAACUUUAUUGCUCAGAGGUCACUCUUUUGAUAGGUAAAUAUGCAACCUGAUUUUUUGUGCCGCCAGACAGUGAUUUCUCUGAUGGAUGUGGAGCAUUCCCAUGGGAGGAGCUCAUGGUGCUGCUGUGUGCAAGGGCAGUCUGUUGGGAAGAGACGCCGCUAUAAAAUGGAGAAAUGGUUAAAACACCGUGCAGUGUGCCUCUCUCCUAAACAAUCAUACUGUACUCACUUUCCUCCUCAGAACUGCUGCCUUGGGGAGGUAACGAAUUACCGUUGCCAUAAACCGUAAUCAAGAUCAGAUGUGCAAAGGGAAUGGCCUUGCUCAAAUAUCAAAGGGGUCUUAAACUGCCAAAACAGAGCAAGAGAGAAAUCCUGA